UUACGGCUUAAUCAUUGUCUCCCUAACUAAUCUCUAUUUAAGAGAUGCUAAUGUGCUUGUAAUGGUGUGCAACAAAAAUAAUAAAAUCCUCCUAGUUGCCUCGUGUGGACGUAGGUUGCAGUUGGCGGCCGAACCACGUUAAAUCCUGUGUCAUUUAUUUUUCUGCAGUUGAUUCGUGAUUGUGUGUUGUUUCCGCGUGCGUUUAUUCCCAACAAGUGGUAUCGGAGCGUUGGUUCGUUAAGACACCGAAAAUCCGAUCAGCAGAAACUAAUCAGAGGAGUGUCACCUGGGUUCUUUGGAGAAGAACUGUGUGCAGCAGCACGAGCCGGAGUGAGGGCCGCUGCCGCCGGAGCACCACCAUCCCCGUUGAUUCCCACGGAGCACUACCGCGCUUGAAUCGGAGAGCCGCAGCAGGAAGUAAGUCCCGUGAGACUCACCGCUGCCGCCUUCCAUCGAGCAGAACCAGACCGCCGACGUUGCUGGUUCGAGGGGGAUCGCAGCAAGCGAAGGAGUUGCUGCCGCCGUCACCCCGCCGUUCAGAUCGCGCCGCCGCGUUGAAGAGCCGUCGCUGUUAUGAAGGGCCGCAACCGGAUCUGAAGAGUGAACCACAUCCGCUGGUUCGGAGUUGUGCAGUAGAAGAGAAGCCGUUAGUUCGGGGGAGAUCUGCGCAGGUGUUCGCCACCAUCAGCGAGCCGCCGCUGCAUCCCUUCUAGCGCCGUUGUCGACCUCUUGGAUUGCGAGGCCGUGCAGAAGGCAGUCCAGCCGCAGAGCCGCCGCCAGGUUGAGAAGCCGUUUCAGAUUGCGCCACCGCCAGGUUGAGAAGCCGUUUCAGAUUGCGCUGCCGCCGUCAGAUCAGAUCGUCGCCGCCGUCAGGAACCGUCCGUCGAGAUCGCAGCUGCGAGCCGUCACCGCCAUCCAGACUUUGAGCUGCCGCCGUCCAUUGCCGCCGCGCAGAGACCGCUGCCAUCUUCUCCUGCUUGACCAAUUGAAGCCUCCGAUCCAAGGAGCUAAAAUUUUGGGGGGCAGGUGCGAAGAAAAAAAAAGGGCCGGCCGGUUGCAAAAAGAGAAAAGGCAGUGGUCACUGGUCAGCCUUUCUCCAUUGUUUUUGGGCCGUAGCAUUUUUUUUGGUAGGUUGGUUUUGGGCUUGAUUGAUUAAAGUGGUGGACCUGUUUUUCUGACUAGAAAAAAAAUACCAAGAUCUGAAAUUAGUUGUACCGGGUAUUUCGUCUAGUUGUUUGAGAUGGCAGAAGACGGGAAGUUUCGAAUUGAGAAGUUCGAUGGUACAGAUUUCAGUUGGUGGAAAAUGCAAAUUGAAGAUUUGCUGGUUCAGAAAGAUUUGGACGUGGUAUUGGGUGACAAGCCAGAAAAGAUGUCGGAUGCAGAUUGGGCAGGUUUGGAUCGGAAAGCUAUGUCCGUGAUCCGUCUCUCAUUGACCAAGAAUGUUGCGUUCAACAUUCUGAAGGAGAAGACAGCGAAGGGAAUUAUGGACGCGCUGUCUAACAUGUACGAGAAGCCAUCUGCAGCGAACAAAGUUUUUCUGAUAAGAGAGCUAGUGAACACAAGGAUGAAAAAUGGCACUUCAGUUACCGAGCAUAUCAACAAGUUGAAUUCGAUCUUAGCCAGACUUUUGUCAGUGGGCAUUAAGUUCGAUGAUGAAGUUCAAACUUUACUACUGUUAUCGUCAUUGCCUGACACUUGGUCCGGAACUGUUACAGCAGUUACCAGUUCAGCGGGACCUGACAGAUUCACUUUUGAGAAGAUUCGUGACCUCGUUCUUGGCGAAGAUGUCAGAAGAAGGAGUUCUGGUGAGUCUUCGGAAGAAUCACUAAAUAUCGUCAGAUGUAGAGGAAAUAACAGAGGUAGUGGGAGCAAGAACAAACGAAGGAGUCGAUCGAAGACUCGGGAUAGCUCAGGCGUAACAUGCUGGAAGUGCAAGGAGGUGGGGCAUUUCAGGAAUCAGUGCCCGAAAGAGGAUAAGCAAGUGAACAUUGCUAGAGGCUCCGCGAGCGACGAGGAUUUGUUUAUCUGUUGUGCGGAGAGCAGUGUAGAUUCCUGGGUCAUGGAUUCUAGUGCUUCAUUUCAUGCUACCCACAGCGGUGAAGCAUUGCAGAAUCUAGUUGUUGGGGACUUUGGAAAGGUACGACUAGCAGACGACGGAGCUCUUGAUGUGACGGGCAUGGGUGACAUAGUGCUGAAGACCCCUGUCGGUUUCUGGACUUUAAAGGAUGUCAGAGUGGUUCCAGCCUUGAAGAAAAGUUUGAUUUCUGUUAGGCANUUGGACGAACAGGGACACGAGGUGAAGUUCGGAAAUGGGCAGUGGAAGGUCGUGAAGGGAAAUCUUGUCAUGGCCCGUGGAAGGAAGAGAGGUUCGUUGUAUAUGGUCGAGUUACCAUCUGAGGGAGUGACCGUCCCAAUUCAGAAGAAAAACGAAGUCCGGUUCACAGAGUCUCGUGGGCAGAAGAAGGUUUUCUAUGCAAGAAAGAAACCCAGAGCCACAGGUCAGACUCAGGAUGAACGAGCGAGGAAAGGUUCAAUGAGGCCAGUCAGAGGUAUCUGUGGCAGUGGGAGCACAGGUUUUACUUCAGCCAAGGUUCCUAUAAGACAUUGGGUCCAGAGAACCAGUAUUCCAGCUGUUGAUAUAUCUCCAGAAAAUUUCUUGCUCAGUAUGGAGAUUGUUUGUUCUCAGGAUGUUCCAGGAUCCGGCAGUGCGUGUGUGCAGUGGGAGCCGGUAGGGACCGAGGAUGAGUCAAAGGCAGUUCAAGCCAUGACUGAUGGGUUCAAACUCAGGAGAGUUUCAACAGAGUCUUCUCGAUGAUCAAGAAGGCUGGUGGCAACUAGAGGCGGUGGAAUUUUGAGUUCCGUUAUCAGAUUACAGAAGUACAUGUGCACAGUUGAAGCGCAGGUGAACAUUGUUCCGUGGCUUCAAGUGGGAGAUUGUUGAGUGUGAAGCCAGGAAGCUAGGUGGAAGCUAACAGGAAAUUGGCAGGAAGCUACCUAGAAGCUUACGGCUUAAUCAUUGUCUCCCUAACUAAUCUCUAU